UCCAGCGAUAAAUAAGAGCAGCCCGAGCACAAGGCAGCAGUGCGUGUCUUGCUCCCCAGACUUGCCCUGCUCUGCAUCCACUGCACUCACCAUGGCUCUGCGCCUCCUCUUGCCACUGCUCCUGCUGGCUGCUGUCCACUUCAUCGCCCAGGCUCAAGGCAUUGGCACCUCAGCCUCAGACUGCUGCCUGAAGACCAGUCAGAGAGCCAUUCCCAGCAACUGGGUGAAAUCCUACAGCCUCCAGGGACCUGAGUCAGGAUGCAUGCUGCGUGCUGUCGUGUUUACCACCAAGAAAAACAAGAAAAUCUGCGCCUCUCCCGCUGACUCUGCUGUCCAGAAGUUAAUGCAGGACCUGGACAAGAGGGUCAAGAAGGACAAGAAGAAGGGACAGUCCCCACGUCCCAGGGGCAGAUCCAAGCGGCAAAGGAGACAGUAGGUCUAAGUCAGGCCUGAAGAGGACGGAUGCCUACCCCACUGAUGACUGACCCACUGUUUGGCAAUGGACAUCCAUGGACCACCCGCUCACCUUCUGGCCAGGGGCAAGGAUGAUGCCUGCCGAGGGGGCUGUCCUCUGCUCCACAGCCCCCUCAGCACCGCCGUGCCUGCCGCAGAGAUCCCCCAGUCAGGAUCCCUGCACUGGCUGGGUGCUCUCGGUGGCAGAGGACACCCAGGUCCUCACUCACCCCGCAGUCACAGCAGUGGGGACCUGGACCCACAUGGGAGAUGAGCUGUGGUCCUGAGGGGCAGGUGGGCAGCUGUCCCACCAAAGGGGAUUUCUGUAGCCUGGCAGGGUGGCAGCUUUUCCUAUGACUUUUUGGGGACUGUUUAUAUGUUUGUAUUUAUACUUAAAGACUGUACUUUCAUUCAGUCUUCCUGGAAGGCUCUAACUCUGGCUCCUUGUGCUUCACAAAGUAUCCUUUAUGCUUCAGGCAAGGUUUUCUGGAAGAUUGCUUUUAUUUUUCUACUAAAUAAAUCAUGGCUUUGUUUCA